AAUUUUAUUGAACCCUAAAUAUUUCUUAAUUUUCUUUUUCUCUGUCCCCUAAAACGAACGACACAAACAAAACAAAAAAGCCCUAGAUACAUCAUUAAAGGAUGUACGGUCAAGACGGAGACGAAGCUGCUCCGCCUUCAUAUGGAGGUGGUUACGGCGUUUCUGGAGGCUAUGGAGGCGGCGGCGGGGGUUAUGGUGGAGGCGGACGAGGUGGAAGUGGAGGUCAUGGGGGUCGAGGUGGAGGCGGCAGAGGAGGUGGUGGAGGAUAUGGCGGUGGUUAUCAAAAUCGAGGAGGCGGUGGAGGUUAUCAAGGAGGAGAGCGUGCUGGAAGAGGUGGCGGCGGAAGAGGUGGUGGCCGUGGUGGAAGCGGCCGUGAUGGUGAUUGGCUUUGCCCUAACCCCAGCUGUGGGAACUUGAACUUUGCAAGAAGAGUUGAAUGUAACAAAUGCGGUGCACCAUCUCCUGCGGGUGCUGGUGGUGAUCGUGGUAGUGGUAGUACUGGUGGUGGUUAUAGCAGAGGUGGUGGUGGGGGAUAUGGCGGUAAUCGUGGAGGUAGAGAUGGGGGUAGAGGUGGUUAUGAUAGUGGUAGGAAUAACAACUAUGAUGGAGGCAGAGGUGGAAACAAUGAUAAUAGAAGCAGUGGUAGUAGAGGUGGUUCUUAUGGAAGUAGUCAAGGGGUAGAAGAUAGUGGGUAUGGUCAAGUUCCUCCUCCAGCACCCAAUUCUUAUGGUGGGAAUUAUCCACCUGCUCCUAAUACAUAUGGUGGGAAUGCAAAUUAUGGAAUGGAUUCAGUCCCUCCACCUACAAGCUAUACUGGUGGACCUACAUCAUACCCUCCAUCUUAUGGUGGCCCUGUGGGUGGCUAUGCUGGUGAGGGUUUGAGUGAUGCACGGACUGGUGGUCGUGGUGGACCUCCUGGUGGAUAUGACGGUGGGUAUGGUUCUGGUGGUCCUCGAAAUCAGGGAGGUGGUUAUGGUGGUCCUCCUGUUGAAGCACCAGCUAAGAUCAAGCAGUGUGACGGCAACUGUGGGGAUUCUUGCGACAACUCAAGAAUAUACAUAACAAAUUUGCCACCUGAUGUUACUAUUGAAGAAUUAAGAGACCUUUUUGGCGGCAUUGGACAAGUUGGAAGAAUUAAGCAGAAGCGUGGCUAUAAAGAUCAAUGGCCAUGGAAUAUUAAAAUAUACACAGAUGAGAAAGGAAACCAGAAAGGUGAUGCAGUUUUGUCUUAUGAAGAUCCUCAGGCUGCCCACUCUGCUGGCGGUUUCUUUCACAAUCAUGUCAUGAGAGGCUAUGCAAUCGGAGUGGCUAUGGCAGAGAAGACUGCGCCCAAAGUAUAUGAUCAUGGAGGUGGUAAAGGUGGCUACGGAGGUGGUGGCGACAGGCGCAGGGAUAGUUACAGAGAUGGUGGUUCUGGUCCAGAUAGGCAUCACCAUGGCGGAAAUCGUUCGCGCCCAUACUGAGAGGCUCUCAGCUUCAAGUAUUUUAUGCACUAAGAAUGUGGUCUAAGGGUUCUAGUUGUGUUGUAUUGACGGGAGUGUUCUUGAACAGGAGACUAAGAGGUAGGUUGUUCACUUGUCUGGGCAAUACCCCUUUUUUCUCCUUUUCCUCCUUUGUCUAGUGUUAGCCUGGGGGUUCUUUCUUUCUAGUUGUCGCAUUGAUUGAAUUUGCCUCAAUGUUUUAUAGAGGCAAGUGGAUUAACUCCAAAUUGCUUGCUGCUAAGGUAGGUUGAUAAUUUCAGGUGAGUGCGGCUCUUUCAAACCACACAUUUACCUUUGGUAGUUAACCCUUAGUGGGGGACUUGAUUUUGUUUCCUGUCUGCUCAUCAUGUUGGAACAAGCUUGUUAUUUAUAUGCAUGCAUGGGUAUCUUUUAUAUCGAAAA